CUGGGGAAGCCGUGGGCGGUCUUCAACCCGGAGACUGGCACUGCAUAGGACGGCGGCGAGGCUAGACGAGACGACGCCGAGUCAGGCCAGGCUGGUAGCUGGACACGAACUCUUGAGUGCGGUAAAUAGACUCAGCAGUUGAGGUGAGACUGGUGGAUUUGUGCAUUGCUUUCCGCUUUGUCUGAUUGACUGACAAAUGGAAUCUCCAGUCAUUAUGCUACAACGUUGGUGAUUGCAACAGUCAGAUGCCAUGGAGAAGAAACGGAGAAAGAAAUGAAAGCCUUCUGAGCUGGGUUGUACUGUCAACAAUUGCUUAAAUAUCAUGGAAACCAAAAUGAUUUAUUUUGCAAACAUCUCUUUCAAACUGAACACCAGUAAGAUCUCCUUUUCAGUAAGGAAAAUGAACUGAUCGUUGAGACAACACAAAACGGAUUGGAUUUCUGGAUCUUUGGAAACAUUUUAUGAUCUUGUGACCAUGCGAUUUGAGUGUGGCUGGUUGCUGCUGGUAGUGAUUGUUGUAUUGUGCAGUGGAGGACGACUUGGUACAGAAUUGCGAAACAAGAUUUGUCCAAAUUGUACUCAUCUGGCUCUGAAGUUAGAAUACACUUCCAGUGCUGUUGAACAUGAGUACAUUGUGGCUUUUAAGGGAUACUUCACUGCCACAGCCAGGAGCAAAUUCAUUUCUAGUGCACUGAAAAAUACGGAUGUGGUGGAAUGGCGAAUUGUUCCGCGUGACAAUCCUGCCAGUGACUACCCAAGUGACUUUGAGGUUGUUCAGAUUAGGGAGAAACAACGUGAUACUGUAUUAACUCUGGAAGACCACCCACACAUUAAACGAGUUACACCUCAGAGGAAAGUCAUCCGCUCCCUGAAAUUCACAGAGUCAGACUCAGCUGCGCCAUGCAAUGAUAGUCGAUGGACACAGAAAUGGCAGUCUUCAAGACCCCUCAGGAGAACCAGCCUCUCCCUAGGCUCUGGAUUCUGGCAUGCUACAGGCAGGCAUUCAAGCAGACGCCUGUUGAGGGCUAUCCCUCGGCAAGUAGCUCAGACACUGCAGGCAGAUGUAUUAUGGCAGAUGGGACAUACAGGUGUUGGUGUGAAAGUAGCGGUGUUUGAUACGGGACUUAGUGAAAAGCAUCCCCAUUUCAAGAAUGUGAAAGAGAGGACAAAUUGGACCAAUGAGAAAACUUUAGAUGAUGGCUUGGGACAUGGGACGUUUGUUGCAGGAGUGAUUGCCAGCAUGCGAGAAUGUCAGGGGUUGGCACCGGAUGCAGAGUUGCACAUUUUCAGAGUCUUUACAAACAACCAGGUCUCUUACACCUCUUGGUUCCUGGAUGCCUUCAAUUAUGCAAUUUUGAAGAAGAUAGAUGUACUGAAUCUCAGCAUAGGUGGACCAGACUUCAUGGAUCAUCCCUUUGUUGAUAAGGUUUGGGAGCUGACAGCUAAUAAAGUGAUCAUGGUCUCUGCAAUUGGUAAUGAUGGCCCUCUCUAUGGCACCCUCAAUAAUCCUGCUGAUCAGAUGGAUGUAAUUGGUGUGGGUGGAAUUGACUUUGAAGACAACAUGGCUCGAUUCUCCUCUAGAGGAAUGACAACUUGGGAGCUUCCUGGUGGUUAUGGAAGAAUGAAACCGGAUAUUGUGACUUAUGGCUCCGGUGUGCGAGGUUCUGGCAUGCAGGGUGGUUGUCGCUCACUUUCGGGAACAAGUGUGGCAUCUCCAGUAGUGGCGGGUGCAGUCACUCUGCUUGCAAGCACUGUGCAGCACCGUGAGACUGUGAAUCCGGCCAGUAUGAAACAAGCCUUAAUAGCUUCUGCCCGCAGACUGCCUGGGGUCAACAUGUUCGAACAAGGCCAUGGUAAACUGGAUCUGCUGAAAGCUUACCAAAUUCUUAAAAUCUAUAAACCUCAAGCCAGCUUGAGCCCAAGCUACAUUGAUCUAACUGAGUGUCCUUAUAUGUGGCCCUACUGCUCCCAGCCCAUCUAUUGUGGGGGAAUGCCAACUGUCAUCAAUGUAACAAUCUUAAAUGGCAUGGGUGUCACAGGUCGGAUUAUUGACAAGCCAAUAUGGCAGCCAUAUUUACCCCAGAAUGGAGACAACAUAGAGGUCGCUUUUUCCUAUUCCCAAGUCCUCUGGCCUUGGUCUGGCUUUCUAGCUAUUUCGAUAUCUGUCACCAAAAAAGCUGCAUCGUGGGAAGGCAUUGCUCAGGGCCACGUGAUGGUUACUGUUGCCUCACCAGCUGAAAAUGAUUCCACAAAUGGCAAUGAAAUGACAUCAACAGUGAAGUUGCCAGUCAAGGUGAAGAUCAUUCCAACACCACCUCGCAGUAAGAGAGUUUUGUGGGAUCAGUAUCACAACCUGCGUUACCCACCUGGUUACUUUCCGAGGGAUAACCUGCGCAUGAAAAAUGAUCCUCUAGAUUGGAAUGGUGACCAUGUGCACACCAAUUUUCGGGAUAUGUAUCAGCAUUUGCGAAGCAUGGGCUAUUUUGUAGAGGUGCUUGGAGCACCCAUCACCUGUUUUGAUGCCAGCCAGUAUGGUACCUUGUUAAUGGUAGACAGUGAAGAAGAAUACUUUCCUGAGGAAAUUACUAAACUGAGGCGUGAUGUUGAUAAUGGCCUUUCUGUAAUAGUCUUCAGUGAUUGGUACAACACAUCUGUAAUGAGAAAAGUGAAAUUCUAUGAUGAAAAUACAAGGCAGUGGUGGAUGCCAGACACAGGAGGUGCGAACAUCCCAGCACUUAAUGACCUGUUAUCUGUAUGGGGCAUGGCUUUCGGUGAUGGCUUGUAUGAAGGAGAUUUCAGCAUGGCAAAUCAUGACAUGUAUUAUGCUUCAGGGAGCAGUAUUGCUAAGUUUCCUGAGGAUGGUCUUGUUCUUGCUCAAACUCUGAAAGAUCAAGGCCUAGAAGUUUUAAAACAAGAAACAACUGUUGUUAAAAAUGUUCCUAUUCUCGGAUUGUAUCAGACACCGUCUGAUGGUGGUGGGCGGAUUGUCUUGUACGGCGAUUCCAAUUGUCUGGAUGAUAGUCAUAGACAAAAAGACUGCUUCUGGUUGCUUGAUGCUCUCCUUCAGUACACCUCAUACGGCGUGAUGCCCCCAAGCCUCAGCCACUCUGAAAAUAGGCAGCAGCCUCCAUCUGGAACUGAGCACCCACUACCAGAGCGGAUGGAAGGCAACCACUUGUAUCGUUUUUCCAAGGUUCUUGAACCGCACCUCGCAGACCCUAAACCUCGUCCUCUUCCAGCAUGUCCUCACCUAUCCUGGGCCAAGCCUCAACCUCUAAAUGAGACAGCACCAAGUAACCUUUGGAAGCACCAAAAGUUGUUAUCCAUUGACCUAGACAAAGUGGUUCUGCCAAAUUUCAAGCAAAACCGUCCCCAAGUGCGACCUUUAUCACCAGGUGAAAGUGGAGCCUGGGAUAUUCCUGGAGGUAUAAUGCCUGGUCGAUAUAACCAAGAUGUUGGACAGACGAUUCCGGUCUUUGCUUUCCUUGGUGCUAUGGUGGUGCUGGCAUUCUUUGUGGUGCAGAUAAAGUCUAAAAGCAAGCCAAAGAGACGGAAGCCACGGGUCAAACGUCCUCUACUGCUUCAGCAGGUGCAUCCGCCAAAGACACCCUCUGUAUGAUUGGGGCAGUGAUUGACAACAAAUCAAGACACAUCAACUGCAGACAGGGAAUAGUGCGGUUGGCUGCUUCAAAUGGGUGUUGUGAAAGUAUCAACGAAAGACACAAAUGAAUUUGCUGACAUUUCUGACACAUUUUAAAGACAAUGUGGUUUUACGGAGUUGACUUUUUAUCAGCAACCCAAACUACCAAAGAUGUGUUCGGUUGCUUUAUAUUUAUAAUUUCCAGGGAACAAAAUGGUUCUAAACAAAUCCAGUCAGUACAGAUGUGGGGACAUCUUGCUCCAACCUUGGUUUUAUUUUAUUGCCAUCAUGUAGAACAUUUGUUACAAGGGCAUUUAUAGGUGAGAAAUGGAUUUUGUAACAUGAGUCUGCACCCUCGUCAUACCUAAAUAAGAAUGAAUUACUGAUUCAGAUAAUAUGGACAAUGGCACCUAGCAAGAAUAAUUGGUAAUAAUCAUACCAAGGCGCUCUGUGCUUGAAUUGACUUAUUUUUAUAAAAUGGAAACUGCUGCAUUUCAUUGUAAAUAUUUAUAAUAGCAGUUUGCAACCUAUUUUCACCAUUAUCGGUGGAAUAAAUUUACAGCUCUGCAAGUACGCACUGUCUGGAAAUUUAAUUCGAUUUUUAAUCAUUCUCAUUACAUAGCGGAAAUUGGAUCAAUUGUACCUUACCAUGGGUAAGUGCGUUCAUGUGUUAGGCAUUCAGAAAAAUCUUCUAAAAGGUAGGUUCAGCAGAUUAUUGUUUAGUUCAUUUUCUGAUGGGAGCUGAAAUUUAAUCUAAUGUUCAUGGCAGCCUGCUGUAAAAACACGUGCUCAGCAGUUAUUUUUUCUAACGUGAGUCAAAAUCGCAACUUCUCAACCUUCCUUAUCACUAGUAGCUCUACGUCAUCUUGCAGUGAAAAUCAGAGUGGUGUUGGAACCUUGAAGUCACAAAGAAAGUAGGGGUAGGAGUCGGCCAUUCAGCCCUUUUUGAGCCUGUGCCACCUUUUCCUUCGAUUACACAAUUUCAGUCGGGUGAAAGCAUAAAUUUUAGUAUGGCUACAGAACGUGAAGAAAUCAAGGAACAGGACAGCUGACCAAUGUGAUCAUUUGGCAUCCUGUCAACACCCCUCUCAAUUUCAAACCACCACUAGCCCCACAGCCCUCCAAGAUAUCUGCUUUCCUAUAACUGUGGAUACGUGAGAGUCACCAUUUCAAUUGCUCCACUGCUGCUGGUUACAUUGUCAAUUAUUUAGGCCACAAGGUCUGGACUUGCACUCCCAACACCUCUCUGCCUGUCUGCUUCUCUAUUUUAUUUAGAGAUGCUGCCUAAAACCUAACUGUUUGAUCAAGUUUGUGGUCAUCAGGCAUAGUAGCUCGUAACUGGGCAUUUACGUUAUAUUAUACUGUUUGAGCACCCCAAGAUGUUUAAUAAUGUUAAUGCUGCUGUACACAUACAGCUUUUUGGUACUGAAAUAUCUCUGCCAGCAGAAAAUCCCUUUACUUUGACCUCUUAACUGGUUCUGUAGUUUUGACCAACAGUUGAGCAAGGAAUGAAUGUAUGGUCUUUCAGUGCUAUGCCUUUAAUCCUUAUGUUGCUCACAGUUAGUCUUUGAGUUAGCUGUUGUACAGGUGUUAUAGUACUUGUUAUUUAGGAGGGUCCACUUCGAGUGGCAUAUGGCACCCAGUGGCAGAAAUCAGGUAUUGCCAUAACUGAAUGUAGUCAACAAAAAUGAGAUUUGUUUUUAAUUUCCAAAAUCCAUUAGAUUGUGGUUCCUUUGUAAAUGGAGUAAUGUUGCUUAAUUUUUGGUAAGAGGGUAAUGAAAAUUAAAGUUCAGACUUUGAAUAUUUAGAAUAUAAGAUGUUGCUUUAUCAACAACAUGUACUUUAGAUGGAAAUCUUGUCUUGAAGGAAGAAAAACAAUGUUUUGUGAUUAGGUUGAAAAUACGUUUGAUUUUUGUCAGUCAUUUUCCCUGUCCCACUGUGGAUGAGAGUGCAGGUUUGACUAAACUAUACAGACUAAGGGUCCAAAUUAGACGGUUGACAACUGUUAUGACCGCAGACAAGGACUGGUUUGAUUUUAAUUACAUCUUGUGAUUUUUAUUAUCAGCAGUGCAGUUUAGCAAUCCUCAAGUAGUCCGAGCAGUAGAAAAGAAGGCUUAAGCUGCUCAAGGUCAGUCAGGGAAAAUUUCCAGAAACAGGAGGCUGUGAACGAAGAGUUGUAAGAACCCAUGUUAAGAAAUAAUUCAGCUAUAUUUAGUUUCUUUUAAAGGUCUUGGGAACAGUCAUUACCCAAAGAAAUAGCAUAGAGUGAAUACUGAAGUUUGUCAAGAAGAAACUAAUUGUACCUGUGCCAACUGAACUAGGAGCAUUUAACUGGAAAUAGUGAACUUUCACUGAGUAUAUCUGAAGUUUGUUGUUCAGUGCAAAAGGGUGGAUUCUCUAUCUCUAGACUUAUGCUUUUCUGUUGAAAGUACAUGGACAGUCUUGUGUAAAUAUGUUCAGUAAGGAAAUUGUAACAGUAAAAAUUUUUAUGGAGUAUCAAACUGGUUCCCACUGUAGAAUCAGACCUGUCUACUAUUAUCAUGAGCAGGCUCAUAACAUAAAUAAUGAAAAUCCCUUUUUAGUCAAGAAAUCUUUGUUAUUGACCCCUUAAUUCUGAAUGAGUAUGUUAGGUUUUAUUUGAAGUAUGCGGCUGUAUGCAAAAAAACAAUAAAAUCUUUGUUUCAACCAACAGGGGGGUAAGAAAGAGCAGACCCAAUUCACCUCUUCUCACUUUGUUGUAACAAUAUUUUGUGGUAGUGUGUGGCAAAUGAAAUUGUUUUAUAAGUAAAUAAUUGUGUUUGCAAGCUGAAAGUCUGUAACUGUGUUGUACCUUAGUUGUGAGCUUGAGAUGGGUGGGGAAGUGUUUUUUUGGUUUUAACUUUUGGCUCACUUAAGUUUAAAUAUUUCCUAUUAAUUUGUGUAAUGUAAACGGCUGAAAACAGUGAAUUCUAAUGUUCAAAAUUUGCUCAAUUUCCAUUUUGCUCCUCAGUUUAGAAUUUCCUAGUCAUAAGUGAAAACUCUGAAGUAAUGAACUGGUUGUGAAAUGUUAUGAUUGUGAUAGGGGCUCAGUAAGUGUUAGCUCAUUUUUAAAAUGUAUGGACAUGCACACACAUGCACAAACACAUGUACGCAGUAUAUAGUUUAUAUGCAUGCAAAAACAUGUUCUUUUUUUAAUUGCUAGCUUGUACUAUGUCAUACAAUGAAUGACAAACAGAAGGUUUUAAGGUACCUAACUUUUGGUAUAUAAGUGCCAACAGUCCGCUCUGCUAUAUUGAUUUUCCUAAUAAAGUUAUAGGUAUUAGAAGAAAGCUACAUGGCAAAAAUGGGUUUUGCAUCAAAAAAUUAAUUCCAAACACAAUCCUGAAGCCAUUCACAGUUCAGAAGAAGUUCAAUUCUACUGUAAUGGCUUUCCUUAUUUUGAGAUUUUCUUGUCAAAUAAUAACAACGUUUUGCAUGAAUGUUAAUUGUCUUGUGCAUGUUUGACGUAUCAUUAUGUCUUAGUUGUACAAAUUUGAUUUUACGGGUCUGCACAAAUAUUUUGCACCACGACUGAAAUGUCGUUAUUGUUGAUCAUCCGGCUUGCUUUACUUCUCAUGCUGCUGAUUCCUUCCUGUGUGAAUAUUGAGAUGAUCU